CGCAUGCGUCUUGUGAGUUGUUGCGUUCUCCGUAGACGGCGCCAAAUCUGCCAGUCUCCCCGGGGCCGUCCGCCGGUCGCUCACUUAUCGGCUCCGCCAUGGACGAGCUGUACCUGGACAACAUCGACGAGCUGGUGACCGACCACAACAAGAUCGUGACCUAUAAAUGGCUGAGCCACACUCUGGGGGUCCACGUCAACCAGGCCAAGCAGAUGCUCUAUGACUACAUCACCCGAAAGAGGAAGGAGAAUGCCGGCGCGCAGGUGCAUGUGACCUACCUGGUGACCGGGAAGUGUGUGCAGGAUGGAUACCCUUACCACAAGGUGGCAGUAGUGAAAGAAGAGAAGCUGGAAGCUGCAAAAUCCAAGCUCUCCGUGGUGGCCACCGUCCACGUGUACAGCAUCCAAAAAGCCACAUUAAAAGACAGCGCCCCCCUCUUCAGUACGGACUACGACAUCAUCAAGAACAACCUCCAGAACUCCAACAAGUUCAGCGCCAUCCAGUGUCCGGAUGCGGUCCCCAGGUCCCCGGAGGAGAUCGCUCAGCUCCAGAGGGCAAACGCCCAACCAGACGAGGCGGUAAACUUCACGAAAAAACCAACCGUCAAUGGGCAGGUCUCGUCAUCCGCCGCCAAAACUGCAACACAGCAGACGAAAGGCAUCAUGGGAAUGUUCUCACGACCCGCGUCCAAGUCCCAAGAAGCCCAGAAGGACACGAAGACGGAAGAGACCAAGGAAGCCGCAGUGCCUGAGACCAGCAGCAAAUCGGCUAAAUCCAGCGCCAUGAACAAUUUCUUUGGCAAAGCUUCUAUUAAUAAAGUAAAGGAGCCUCCUGUUUCCGAUGAACCCCUUAAAGAGGAGAAGACGACAUCUCCGCAGAUCCAAAUCCCUCCUCUAGAGGUCAAAGAAAGUGAACCCCCUAAAGCUGCUGAGACAAACAAGAAAAGCAAGACGAAGAGGGUCGAGAUGUCGGACAGCGACGAGGAGCCGGCCAAGCUGGCGAAGAAGAGGAGGAGGCGGAUCAAGAAGCCACAGCCUGACAGCAGCGACGAGGAGGACACUUCUCCGUUGCCCCCAGAUGUGAAGACCCCGUCCCCUCCUCCAGCUCAGCCUGUUGUGAAGAUGGAAACAGAACCUGAAGCUCAGACGCAGCCCGGAGAGAAGAGGCGGAUACGGAAACGCAUCCUGAAGUCCAAGACGUUCCUGGAUGAAGACGGCUGCAUGGUGACUGAGAAGGUUUAUGAGACUGAGUCGUGCACGGACAGCGGCGAAGAGUUCACUCAGUCCAAACCUCCAGCUAAACCGUCCACCGCCAGCAAAACCGAGACUAAGGCGGAUUCUAAGACUUCAAAGAAGACGGCGGCGGCAGCCAGCAAGGGGGGGACCAAGCAGGCAUCCAUCAUGGGGUUCUUCCAGAAGAAGUGAAUAAGACCCCCCCCCACCCCCCUACCACCGCUCACCAGAGACUGCUCCCCGUCAUCCAUGGUCGGUUGUGAAUCUCUUAUAUAAGGACACAGAGACUCUGUAUAUAGCGACCCUUACUAUAAAGAACAAAACCUAAGAUUCUCCAGGCUUCUGGGAAAGCUGGGUGACAACUAUGUACAUUACAACCCCCUUAAAUAGUCACCCUGCUCUCCUAGAAUCCAGAAAUCCACGUCUACCUACAGGCAGCCCUCGCCUUCUGUAUUGCUGCUUAACUAGGCAGAUUUGUCUGUUCAGGAGCCUGGAAAAGCAGGAAGAUGUCAAUCAUAAUAUAGCGACACGUGUCCUGAUCACCAGAGAGGGAUGAUGAAUGGUGGUAGAUGAAGAAGUUGGUUGUCAUUCAGCUUUCAAAGACCCCUGAAUGGCAGCUGUACAUGACUCUGUAUAAUGCACUGAAUCCUCGAAUGGAGUAUCUUUAUUGUACUUACUGGCUGUUAUCCAGCUUUCUAAGAGCCCUGUCUGGCCUUAUUAGUUUAUUAAAAGACCUUUAUCCUUAUUUCCCUUUUUUCCGGAGUUCUGUGAAAGCUUUACCAGCCAUAGCUCUCGUUUCCAGGAGUUUUUCACUUCUCUCGGAAAGCUGGGUGACUUUCAUAUGCCACAUAACUUGCCUCCUCCUACACCAUGGCAUAUUGAGGUAGUCCAAGGGGGUUUUCUAUACCCUUUUCUUCCAUAAAGAGCGCCACAUCUGUCCUCAGGGGACAUGCGGCAUUACAUCUCUGCUCCAUUUACUUCGAGACUGAGCUGCAAUACCAGAUGUAUACUGAGAACAAGAGUGGCG